GCAAGAUCCAAAGCUUACGCUUAAUGAUAUGGCUCAUGAGUACCAACGUCUCACUAACCUACAACGAGACUCGACUAUAGUUCAGAGUGGUAGUUCAAGCCGACCUGAAAUUCAUUUGGUACAGCAGCCACCUAAUCAUUAUAAGUCUGCCCGUGCUACACCCAGUUCACCCCGCUCCAAUUCGGACCAAAAACCCAAAAUGAAUCCACCUUCUGCUUGCUGGCACUGCGGUUCAUGGCACUAUGUACGGAACUGCCCAUUUAGGCAGCAUAGAUGCAGGAAGUGUAAAGUCAUCGGUCAUAAAGAUGGCUUUUGCCUACAGAAAAAGCCAAAGCGAUCCAGAAGUGCUAAGAAGCCUGUUCCUAGAUCCAGUACCAAUGCAUUGAGCCUAAUAUCUUCCUGCCAAAGCUCAUCACCAGAAUGCAAAUAGAUACUGCAUCUGAUGUCACUAUCCUCUCACGCAAAAAUUGGACCAAGUUGGGCAGCCCAAGCCUGCAGCACACAACACAAAAGCCUCGCACAGCAUGUGGUAAUUAUCUUCGUCUGUUAGGACAAUUGGAAUGUAAAGUUGCUUUCCGGGAUUCGUCGUUUACUGGGGUAUGCUAUAUAACGCCAGCUGAUCUAAAUUUACUUGGUUUAGAUUGGUUCGACCAGCUAAAAUUGGCUGAUGUCCCGCUAAAUACCAUAUGCAACCUGGUAUCACAACGACAUGACCCAGAAGACCACGCAGAAUGUGAUCUGACAACCGCAGUUCGCGCAUUA